UAGCCUUCCGGCAGAGGGGGCCCAGCUGUGGCGGUCUCUGGCCGCCAAGCGUGCUCAGCAAGGCGCUGCUGGUCCUCUGAACUCCUUUCCCGGGAAGGCGUGAGCCGCCCGGCAAAUUCUGAAACUACUCAGAUGCCAGCAAGGGGUCUCAAGUAGGGCUUCCCAAGGCAAUAGCAGGCAGUUGGUGAGAAAGCGAAAGGAUUCUUCCUUGAUCCCAGAAUCUCAGGACCAGGUUUACAGCCAAAGCCCGGUCCCUGAUGCGGUGGCCUCUACCAUUUUUCUCCCAUCUAAGCCACUUAGCCCCAGCUGGGCUCUUCCUUUAGGGUCCCUAUCCUGUUCUGCCGUCCUUCCGUCUCCUGGGCUAAGGAUGAAGAAGAGGAUUUCAAACUUCUAAGGGGACCCGGAGAAGCGAAAGUUUCUCCUUCGAACCCUCGCCUUUGCCCCACGGGCUUGGCCUGGAUGCUGUGGAUGGACCACUGCAGCCGGGUCAGGAAGCAGACCAGGCCGAGCUCACAGGGGAAACCCUUUGCAAUAAUUGUUUUUCACACACAUUUUCCAACCUCUCCCUCAUUUCUGCCCCCAACUCGGAGACUUGCAAGGCCCGAGUAAAGGAAGAGCAAAUCAAGCUUUGGUCACCUUAUCCUGAGUUAAAAUAAUAAUAACGACGACGACGACGACGACAGGGAGAAGUACCGAACGAUAGAGAAACUCCACUUACGAGAAAGUGGGUAAAGGCUUAAUCGGGUUUCUCCUCUAAAAGAUUCAACCCUUCGGGUGAACCUAGGCCGGGCUUCUUUCUAGCCCGGCGGUUGCACGGAGCCAGCAGGGAGGCAGUCGUCGCCGCCAUGGCGGUCGGCGGCCCGCGCUCCCGCCGUUCGCCGGGAGGUGGCGCGCUCUGCUCAGAGGCCGCCGCCAACCUUCUCCCUGUUUCUCCCCCUUCUCCUUUUUCCCCCUCUCUCGGAGGCUCGCAUUGAAUCGGCCCUAACGAUUCUCGGAUCGUCAUUAUUUGUAACCAUAGAGCAUGAAUUACCUCUUGAGGUCAUCAGCGAGAAUUUACGACUGGUCAACAAAAGCACGUGAUUCCCCAACGCCCCCCCAUCCCCCUUCCAACCCCCCCCCCAUAUUUGGCCGCAUACAUAGCAAAACGAAGUACAGUGCAUCGCUAUAAUUCAUUAAUACAUCAUAAAUCGUGAAGCACAGGGUUAUAACGACCACGAUCCACAAAUCAAGCCCUCCAAAAUCACCCAAAUGAGCUCGUACUUUGUAAACUCCUUCUCGGGGCGUUAUCCAAAUGGCCCGGACUAUCAGUUGCUAAAUUAUGGCAGUGGCAGCUCUCUGAGCGGCUCUUACAGGGAUCCCGCUGCCAUGCACACCGGCUCUUACUACAAUUACAAUGGGAUGGACCUCAGCGUCAACCGCUCCUCGGCCUCCUCCAGCCACUUUGGGGCGGUGGGCGAGAGCUCGCGCGCCUUCCCUGCGCCCGCCCAGGAGCCCCGCUUCAGGCAAGCGGCGUCGAGCUGCUCCCUGUCCUCGCCCGAGUCCUUGCCCUGCACCAACGGCGACAGCCACGGCGCCAAGCCCUCUGCUUCGUCCCCCUCCGACCAGGCGACCCCGGCCAGCUCCAGCGCCAAUUUCACCGAAAUAGACGAGGCCAGCGCGUCCUCGGAGCCUGAAGAAGCGGCGAGCCAGCUAAGCAGCCCAAGCCUAGCUCGGGCGCAGCCAGAGCCCAUGGCCACCUCCACAGCCGCGCCCGAGGGGCAGACUCCGCAGAUAUUCCCCUGGAUGAGGAAGCUUCACAUCAGCCAUGACAUGACCGGGCCGGACGGGAAAAGGGCCCGAACCGCGUACACCCGCUACCAGACCCUGGAGCUGGAGAAGGAGUUCCACUUCAACCGCUACCUGACGCGGCGGCGGCGCAUCGAGAUCGCCCACGCGCUCUGCCUGUCCGAGCGCCAGAUCAAGAUCUGGUUCCAGAACCGGCGCAUGAAGUGGAAGAAAGACAACAAACUGAAAAGUAUGAGCCUGGCUACAGCCGGCAGCGCCUUCCAGCCCUGAGCCCGCCGGGAGGAGCCCGGGCGGCCUAAGAGUUCAUGCCGCCCCCAGCCCUGGCCCCUCCAAGCCUCCUCGCGCUGCCGCCGCCCGCUGGGAACCGGUUCCCACGAGCCUGCCUCAGCCCGGGCCUUGUGUUACGAUUUUUUCGUUUGGUCUUAGGUCUUCCUGUGGCUCCCUCUCUCCUGGACUGGUUAAUCUUGUUAUUAUUGUAAUAAUAAUGAUAAUUAUUAUUUUCCCUCCAUGCUCCCCACUCCCCUGCGCUCACCCCCAAUCCGCCAGUGUUUCUGAAUGUUCGUGUCUGUGGUUGCACUCCUUCCCCCAGGAAAAAAAGAAACUCGCAUGUUUAAUGUGAACUUUCCCCUCCCCAUCUGUGUUAUAACUUAUUUAUAAAAGGAUGAUCGCUGUAUUUUGAGUUUCAGCUGGAAACUUCUCUAAAAGGGGCAGCAGUUGAGGUGGGAUAGUGCCGCAGCGCCGGGCCCAGCUGAGCUGGCCUCGGAGACCGGGAGUCCAUGACUGUGUCUCUUUCCUCCUUCCUCGUCCUCCUCUCUCUCCACUCCCAGACCCAAGUCUCCUAAGGCUUGGUCCUGAGGUGGGAGGGGGCUAAGGGGGACCAAAGGGGUGAUGUUGAAAAGAGGGAAGGUACAUAGUGAGAUUUAAGUUCCUGCUGCCUGGGUAGGCCCCACAAGGCCUGGCCUGGGAGCCUCGGAAAACAAAAAUAAUCCUCAGUGUAAGACGUCUUGUGUAUUUCUCUGUGAAUCCAUGGGUCUGGCAUAGAGGGCCCAAAGCUUGUAAAUGCGGGGAUAGUCUGGGUCAGACCUAUCCCCUCUUCCGUACCCAUUUCGAUUCCAAGACCAUUUGUAGUGAGCGAGUGGAUGCUGUGCUACGUGUGAAAUCUGUCUCUGCCGGGCCUGUCUCAGUGAUUCGCUUUUGGUAUUUGUUUGUAGCUUUCCUUGAAGUCAAAUAAAUGUCUC